ACGGCGCGGUGCCGGGCCGGCCCGACACGUCACUCCGCUCGGGAUAAAGGCGCCGCAGCGAGUCCGCCACCAGCUGCAGCGCAGGGAGAGCUGCAGCAGCACCAACAUCCCGGUCCAAGCACCAUUCAACAGCCCGAGGGGGGCUCGCUCUUCUCCGCAUCAACCCGAGCCGUGAGGGCGGCCGAGCCUCACAAUUGGACGGGUGCUGACUACCUUGGAGAUAAUCCCAGUGCGUUCCGGGGCCAUCCAUCAUGAAGGGUGCGGAAUGGGAAUGGACAAGGCUGACUGCUCUGCUCUUCGUUGCACACACCGCGGCUGCGAUGAUGCGCCCCAAUAUUACUUCAGAACUGGAUGCGAUGCUGGCAACGUUUCUGCAAGAUCGCGAAGAACGCUUGGCAGCUGAAACAAACCUUAAAACUACUGGUAGUUUAGAUUCAAUCAUGUCAAAUUAUACGUAUCCAAAUGUACCCCCGAGGACUUCCAGAAGAGCGAAAAGAUCUAUCACAGAUAGUGAUAGACAAAUAAUCUUGGAUCUGCACAAUAAACUGAGAAGUCAAGUGUCACCAGGUGCAUCUAAUAUGGAAUAUAUGACAUGGGACAUUGAACUGGAAAGGUCUUCAGAAGCUUGGGCUUCACAGUGUCUCUGGGAGCAUGGACCUGGUUAUCUCCUACCUUCUAUAGGGCAGAACCUGGGUGCACACUGGGGCAGAUACCGGCCUCCUACAUUUCAUGUUCAAGCUUGGUAUGAUGAAGUUAGAGAUUAUAUAUAUCCUUAUCCUCAAGAAUGUAACCCUUGGUGUCCUUUUAGAUGUGUUGGUCCUGUGUGUACCCAUUAUACUCAGGUAGUAUGGGCAACAAGUAACAAAGUUGGCUGUGCCAUUAAUUUAUGUAUAAACAUGAACAUCUGGGGUCAGCUGUGGGAACAAGCCAUCUACCUAGUUUGCAAUUACUCCCCUAAGGGAAACUGGUGGGGCCAUGCUCCUUAUAAACAUGGGCCUCCCUGUUCUGCCUGUCCUCCAAGCUAUGGAGGAGGCUGUAGGGAUAAUCUAUGUUACAAAGAUGACAGAACAGAUCACCGCUAUUCUCCUUCAGAACCAGAGGAAGAAACUAAUGAGGUUGAAAGACAGAGAACUAAAACUCAGGAAACACAAUUGAAUACCCGGACACGAACAGAUUCCACGAGAACAGAACACCUUGAUGCAAAUGAGAUUAUAAAUACCCAACAAAUGUCUCAGUUGGUGUCCUGUGAAACCAAACUACGUGACCGAUGCAAGGGAACAACUUGUAAUAGAUAUGAAUGCCCGGCUGGUUGCUUGUAUAGUAAAGGAAAAGUAAUUGGGACUCUGCAUUAUGAAAUGCAAUCAAGCAUUUGUAGAGCUGCAAUGCAUUACGGAAUUCUGGACAAUGAAGGUGGUUGGGUAGAUGUUACCAGACAAGGAAAGAAGCCAUUCUUUAUAAAAUCCAACAGAAAUGGGAUCCAAUCGGUUGGUAAAUAUCGACCUGCCAAUUCAUUUACUGUUUCUGAAGUACCAGUCCGAUCUGCUACCUGCCAGACAAGAGCACAUCAAAUAUGCACAUUCAAAAAGCCAGUUUCACAUUGUCCGAGGAUGUAUUGUCCACCAAACUGUAUGGAGGAAAAUCCACAUCUGGCUCGGGUAAUUGGUACUCGGUUCUACUCUGAUAGAUCCAGUAUUUGCCGAGCAGCAGUACAUGCCGGGGUCAUUCGUAAUUAUGAAGGAGGUUACAUUGAUAUGAUGCCAGUUGAGAAAAAGCAACGUUAUUUUGGCUCGUACCAGAAUGGAAUAUUCUCCGAAAGCCUGAAAAAUCCACCAGGAGCCAAAGCAUUCAGAAUAUUUGCAAUCAUUUGACUCUGGUCAAAAGUAACCACGUUUAAUGCAGGACUUGGAAGAAGCAAAGGAAAGUGUUUCAACUAUUUCCUGUGUGUUUUUUUUUGCUGUGUUAGGAUAUUGGCAGAAACAGUUUUAUCCAUUGCAAAUCAAAACUUUCUGUACCAUGUAUUGAAAAAGAGUAACGCAGAAGGUUAAAAUCACAUAAACAGUAAUUAUAUUAAUAAUGGAACUGCCCCAUAAGCAAAAUAAAUUUACAAUUUAAAAUUGCUGUUGUCUAACAGAAUGCUGCUAACUCAAUGACACAACCAAUAAAUGAACACUAAGGUUCGGAUUGAAAACCAUGAUUAGGUUGAACUAAUCUAGUGCUUUGAGAAUCUGGCAGUUAUUCCUGCAGGCCAGGAAAUAAAUCGCUGAUAAUAUUGUAUUUUUGGUAGAGUGAUCAGCUUGUACAAUCCAUGGGGGAGCAGAGAAAGGCACAUUUUUUUAGGGUGAUAUCUCCCAGCUUAUUUCUCCCAGAAGUAGAAACCAGUGGCUUCUAAGUUUCAGUGUCCAACUAAAACAAGCCUUGAAUAGGUGUCCUAAUAUUUAUUUUGGGCCCUUAAUAAUUUUAUCAUCUGCUGAACAGAGCUUGCCCCUUGCAUGCUCUGUCCAGUUGACUUUGGGUCUUCAGCUGCAUAACUAGUAGCCUUUUUAAUUAGAGUAUUGGAGAUCCCUUACUACAUGCAUACCUGUUGAAUCAAGGGGAUUAGGAGUUUUCUUCUUGUGUUUGCAAAAGUAUUGUGGGUCAUUGAAAGCUCAAGUCUGCCCCUUCAUUCCCCCCUUGCAUUUUACCUGCCUCUCCUUGACGCCUACCUGCAGCUUGUCUCAGUGUCAGAAUCAACUCAUUUUUUGAGCUGCAUUGGAAUGCUUGAUUGAUAUCUGCAGCAGAAGGCCAGAGGCACAGUUUUGAGUGUCCUAGGGGUUGUGUUCAUUUAGUGACACCAUUUCAUACCGGUCUUUAGCACAAUUCCAAUCACUUGCCCAAAAUGGCAAAUUAGAAUGUGUAAGUCGCAAUUUCACACAUGUUUUAAAGUAAUUGAAUAAAUUUCCAAGUAAAAUUAGCAUACUCUAUGGAUAGAUGGGACAUACAACAUAGAUUGUGACGUGCGCCUUUCGAAAAUAAGCUAGCAAAUUUACAUUCCAUUUUUUGAUAUGUGAAACAUAAUAUAAAGUUGAUGUUUGAUUUUAUUAAAAAAACUAUAUUGCUUACAAACCACAAGCUGUUGAAAGUUAUUUAUGUUAUUUUGUUAUCAUGAUAAAAUUGCCUUUUGUACUUGUAACUUUUAAACAUUUUAUGAAAUCUGCCUUUCAAACAAAACUGUCUGCCAUUAUGUAUCUUUACUACCUCAGAUACUAGACUUAUUUUUAGUGUAUGUGCUUACACACAUUUGUUUUAGUAGAAUCUGCAAGUUUAUUUUCUCAUUUUGAAUUAAAGACCCUGUAAACAGUAAAUAUUGCACUGCUGUUGUUUCAUCUGUUUUCCAUAAUUUGUACACGGGAGAGGAUUUUUUUACAUUCCAGAAAGAUCUCUUUUACCAUAUCCAUAUAUUUUUGAAAAAUAAAAUGAAUUAAGGUUUUUAAAUUAUUUUAAACAAGCUAUUUUAGUAAAUCUAUGAAAAAUGCAGCUUAAAAAUACCUUUUUAAACUUCUCUGAUUUUAAAUUAUUUGGCGUGAUCAAAACUGAAAGGAUUAUCUGUGUACCACCUUGUCAUUCUGUAACUGUUGGAGAACAAUUGUGACAUCUUUUUUACAUCAAUACAGAGUGUGAAAGAUUGUAUGAAACAUUCAAAUUUCUGUGUAGAUGCAUCUGAUGUUGGAACCUUUAAAACUAUAUGUCAAUAUGCCUAUUUGUGCUUUUCUAUGGCUUGUAGUAGCUGGUUUGAAAACUGACAACCAGUUGUAUCUGAAUCUUGUACCCAAUUUAUUAACAAUCUUUAUUAAAGUUAUGAAAUUUA